UUAGGUACAUAGAAGGUUAGGUACGUGAAUGUGGCUUCCAAGGUUCCAGUUCCCCCCAGAUUUAAGGUACACAUAGCCAGGUACCUAGUACCUAGACACCUUACUAGACAGAGCCUAGAGGUAGAUAGUUUAGCGCUAAGUCAUAUUUAGUCUAGCAGUAGCUGCCAGCUGCCUGCAUCCAUCAAUCUGCGUCAUUCGUCAUUCGUCAUUCGAUCGCUAGCGUACUCAAGACAAAAUGAUUCCCUUUUAAAUACUUCAGGUACCGAUUAUUGAAGUAAAAAAUAUUGUCAAAAUGGACGACGGCGACGACGACUUCGGCGCCGAUGUCGAUUUUUUAUCUGCUUUGGCCUCCUCUGCUGCUGCUGCAAGCAACUCCAGCCAAGCCGGAUCCCAGCCGACAUCUCAGCCGACAUCUCAGCCUAGAUCCCAACCUGGAUCUCUCCCUAGAUCCCAACCAACGAACCGCGUUCAGCAACCCGUUCCUCAAAGAAUCCAGCAGCCAAUACCCCAAAGAAUCCAGCAACCGACGCCUCAACGGCUAGAUAAACCACCUCCAGCUUCUAACUCUACCGCGCAGAAAGUCGUUCAACCAACACCUCAAGCUCUCCCACAGCGUUCCUCCGGUUCUUCAAUCCUUGUGUCGCCGCGCCAGAGAGGGAAUCCCGUGCUAUCAUCUCUACGUUCGGUACCAUGGGAGUAUAGCGAUAUUCCCGCCGACUAUGGGCUCGGUUUAACAACAUGUGCCCUAUUUCUAAGUCUAAAAUAUCACCGGCUUCACCCCGAGUACAUCUAUACCCGAAUCCGCAAUCUGCAGGGGAAAUACAACCUGCGCAUCCUCUUGACCAUGGUCGAUAUACCCAACCACGAGGAUUCCUUACGCGAGCUCUCGAAGACCUCGUUAAUAAACAACGUCACCAUAAUCCUUUGCUGGUCCGCUGCCGAGGCCGCGAGAUAUCUCGAAUUAUACAAGUCCUACGAGCACGCGAACUUCACCGCCAUAAAGGGACAGCAAGCUACGAGUUACGCUGAGAAGCUGGUCGAGUUCGUUACGGUACCCAGAGGGAUAAAUAAAGCUGAUGCUAUUACUCUCGUCAGCGCAUUUGGUAGCCUCAAAAACGCAAUCAAUGCCGACCCCGAGCAAGUCGCUGUCAUUGGCGGCUGGGGAGAGAAGAAGGUCAAGAAGUGGUGUAGCGCUGUGGAAGAGCCGUUCCGGGUUCAACACGCAGCUAAGAGACGCAUUGUUGACGAGGGUAGCAGCGUUGCCGACAAAGCCGUCCCCUUGAGCCGUGUGCCGCUUAGGGAUAUGCCUCGCGUAUCGGCGAGUCUGUCUCGAGACAGUGCUGCUCCGCAACAAGAACGCGCAUCACCUUCGGAGCACCAAAACCAGGAUAUUCCUCCCAUAGAUGAGUAUGACGAGGAAGCCAUGUUGGCGGCGGCCAUUGAAGAAUCCAAGAAGACGAUGGUGCAAGAGCAGCCACCUAGCUCGAGUUCGAAGCCCCGAGAGGAAGACAAACUGAGCGAGGGGAUAGCCGCGGCAUUGGCAAAGCUCAGGGACAAAGGAUAGAAGUACGAUGAUGAUACCUGCCUAGUUUGGCGGGUUGGGUCUAACACUUCGGAGCGUCCCGAGCAAAGUGCUACCUCUUGGAUGUGAGGGCUUAUUAACUUGAACGACCUAGUGGGAAACUAGGUAUGGCGUUUGUGGGCAGGUAUUACAGUAAGGAAGAGCAUGUGGUUCACGAUGCAUAUUCCCAUAUGAUCUUGAUCAGGUCAUAUAACCCCCUAGCGUAACGCAAGGCUCUUAGCGGGGGCUUGCUUGGCGGAUUUCCCCAGGAACCUUGGGUUUGAAGCGGUCUACUAAGUAUAAUCUAGCGUACAAUCUAACAAGCGGGAGUUCAGGUGGUUUGUCUAUAAAGCUGGGGAGAUCCUCGUAAAAAAGAAAUAUAUGCAUAGAUAGUGUAUUCCGUAUUUGCAGACGUGGAAUCUCUCCAAAGAAAAAUUCCUUUGGAUUAGAGGUACCUAUUCCCCAGAAAUAGGCAGGUAGCUACCUCUAUGGUAAUUCCUUAUCCGGAU